AUGUACCGGGAUCCAGAAGCUCAUCUGUUGACAGAGAGUUUUCAAGAAGCUUUGUUAAAAGGUUAUCGAGAGCGUAAAGCUGAUGCAAAAGAAUAUUUUAUGCGAGUCGGAGGGUAUCAGGAUAUCCCGAGAGCAAUAGCCAACCCUCCAGAUGCUAUCGAUGUUGAUAAUUGGAAGAAAACAAUCGAGUAUGUCCAAAUGGACGAACACAAAAUUGCUUCAGCAAGGAACAAAAAAAAACUUAAGAGAGUGGAAACGUUUCGCAAGGCUCAUACCGAUAGGGAUGGUCUAUUUGUUACUGUCGAGGCGGAACAACAAUACGUAAUGGAAGAGCUCUUAGAACAAACGCAAGGGCCAGAAGGUGAAAGAGAGUUAACACCCGCUCAAGAAAGAGCUGCUUUCGAGAAAGUAUUAGGAGAACGACAUGGCCAUAUCAGAGGCAUCGGCCGAAAACCUUCUGCUAUCCUGCCGAUUUCACAACCAUCGCAACCUCCACCACAACCAUCAUAG